AAAAUAAAGUUGCUGUUUGUGUUGGAGAUGCUGUCAUCAGAAUUCUGUGGCACAAAGAGAAAGAUAUAAAAAUAUCUCUCUGACAUGCGACUUUCCCCCUUCUUCUAUCCCCUUGCUGGGAGUGCCGGAAGAGGAUCCCACGCUGACUGGAAGCAUUAGGUCGUCUGUUUGAAUCCCAGUGACUGGGAAAGAAAUGUGAUUAAUUAUCAGUGAGUAGUAGAGAAAAAAGGAACUCAAGGAGAUAGUAGAGCUGUUAAUUUCACUCUGGACAUUUCCUCAAGGCUAGUUGACUCGGAAAGCUUCAAUGCUCCCUAGCAGCUGCAGGAUCUACUUUGGGGGCUGCCAAGUUUCCUCUCUGAUUCUUUCUCCCGCCCUGAGAGCAGGCAGGAAGGAAAGUUUCUGGACUAAUAUUCGUCUGUUUAUUAGGCGUGGGCCUUGGUUGAAUUCUGUCUAGGAAAACUCACAAGUAUAGAAAUCUCGGUAUUACCACUGUUUCUGCGCUGAGAUUUAGACUGCUUUGCUUCCAGCGUCAUACAUCAUAAUUGAGAAAAACAAAAAGACAAAAAUUCUCCAGAUGUCUUCUAGUAAUAUCGAAGUUUUUAUCCCAAUGUCACAAGGAAACACCAAUGGCUUCCCCUCGACAACUUCCAACGAUCUGAAGGCAUUUGCUGAAGGAGCAGUGUUAAGUUUUCAUAACAUCUGCUAUCGAGUAAAAGUGAAGAAUGGCUUUCUACCUGGUCGAAAACCAGUUCAGAAAGAAAUACUGUCGAAUAUCAAUGGAAUCAUGAAACCUGGCCUCAAUGCCAUCCUGGGACCCACAGGUGGAGGCAAAUCUUCGUUAUUAGAUGUCUUAGCUGCAAGGAAAGAUCCAAGUGGAUUAUCUGGAGAUGUUCUGAUAAAUGGAGCGCUGAGACCUGCCAAUUUCAAAUGUAAUUCAGGUUACGUGGUACAAGAUGAUGUUGUGAUGGGCACUCUGACGGUGAGAGAAAAUUUACAGUUCUCAGCAGCUCUUCGGCUUCCAACGACUAUGUCGAAUCGUGAAAAAAACGAACGGAUUAACAGAGUCAUUCAAGAGUUAGGUCUGGAUAAAGUGGCAGAUUCCAAGGUUGGAACUCAGUUUAUCCGUGGUGUGUCUGGAGGAGAGAGGAAAAGGACUAGUAUUGGAAUGGAGCUUAUUACUGAUCCUUCCAUCUUGUUCUUGGAUGAGCCCACAACUGGCUUAGACGCGAGCACAGCAAAUGCUGUCCUUUUGCUCCUGAAAAGGAUGUCUAAGCAGGGACGAACAAUCAUCUUCUCCAUUCAUCAGCCUCGAUAUUCCAUCUUCAAGUUGUUUGAUAGCCUCACCUUACUGGCCUCAGGAAGACUUAUGUUCCAUGGGCCUGCUCAGGAGGCCUUGGGAUACUUUGAAUCAGCUGGUUAUCACUGUGAGGCCUAUAAUAAUCCUGCAGACUUCUUCUUGGAUGUCAUUAAUGGAGAUUCCACUGCUGUGGUAUUAAACAGAGAAGAAGACUUCAAAGCCACGGAGAUCCUGCCUUCCAAGCGGGAUAAGCCACUCAUAGAAAAAUUAGCCGAGAUUUAUGUCAACUCCUCCUUCUACAAAGAGACAAAAGCUGAAUUAGAUCAACUCUCAAGGGGUGAGAAGAAGAAGAAGACCACAGUCUUCAAGGAGGCCACCUAUACCACCUCCUUCUGUCAUCAACUCAGAUGGGUUUCCAAGCGUUCAUUCAAAAACUUGCUGGGUAAUCCCCAGGCCUCUAUAGCUCAGAUCAUUGUCACAGCCAUACUGGGACUGGUUAUAGGCGCCAUUUACUUUGGGCUAAAAAAUGAUUCUACUGGAAUCCAGAAUAGAGCCGGGGUUCUCUUCUUCCUGACGACCAACCAGUGUUUCAGCAGCGUGUCGGCUGUGGAACUAUUUGUGGUAGAGAAGAAGCUCUUCAUACAUGAAUAUAUCAGUGGAUACUACAGAGUGUCAUCUUAUUUCUUUGGAAAACUGUUAUCCGAUUUAAUACCCAUGAGGAUGUUACCAAGUAUUAUAUUUACCUGUAUAGUGUACUUCAUGUUAGGAUUGAAACCAAAGGCAGAUGCCUUCUUCAUCAUGAUAUUUACCCUUAUGAUGGUGGCUUAUUCGGCCAGUUCCAUGGCGCUGGCCAUAGCAGCAGGUCAGAGUGUGGUUUCCAUAGCAACACUUCUCAUGACCAUCUGUUUUGUGUUUAUGAUGAUUUUUUCAGGUUUGUUGGUAAAUCUCACAACCAUUGCAUCUUGGCUCUCAUGGCUUCAGUACUUCAGCAUUCCUCGAUAUGGAUUUACAGCUUUACAGCAUAAUGAAUUUUUGGGACAAAACUUCUGCCCAGGACUCAACACAACAUCGAACAGUACUUGUGAAUAUGCAAUAUGUACUGGCGAAGAAUAUUUGACAAACCAGGGCAUCGAUCUCUCACCCUGGGGCUUGUGGAAGAAUCACGUGGCCUUGGCUUGUAUGAUUGUUAUUUUCCUCACAAUUGCCUACGUAAAAUUGUUAUUUCUUAAAAAAUAUUCUUAAAUUUCCCUUAACUCACUAUGAUUUAUCCUCACAUAUAAAAGAAGCACCUUGAUUUAAGUGUUCAA